AUGCAGGUUUAUAAAUUCGGUGGUGCAUCUAUCGCCACCCCUGAACGGAUGCGGGCACUGAUGCCCAUCAUACAGGAAGCAGCACAUCCUAUUGUAGUGGUGGUCUCCGCCAUGGGCAAAACAACCAAUGCCCUUGAGCUGAUCACAGAGACGGCCUGCAAAGGCAGUAAGGAAGCGGCACAUGCCCUGGUAAAUGCAUUGGAAGAGCAGCAUGUGACUUAUAUGCGGGAACUGCUGACUCCCGAAUUUUUCAAUCGUGCCUACGAGUCCCUGAAUGUUUACUUCACUGAAUUACAAUGGGCGGUAGACGAUGCGACCGCCCUUAAAUAUGAUUACUCCUACGACCAGAUCGUAUGUAUCGGCGAGCUGCUCUCUACCCUUAUUUUCUCUUUUUAUCUUCAACAGGAAGGCGUGAAAAGUGAAUGGAUAGAUAUCCGUGAUGUGAUACGUACCGAUGACACCUACCGGGAUGCCCGUGUAGACUGGGAGAUAUCUGCCCGGCAGGCAACACAGGUGAUGAAACCGGUACUGGACAAAGGCUGUACGAUUGUGACGCAAGGCUUUAUCGGCACUACUGCCGACAAUGCUUCUGUAACCCUGGGACGCGAGGGCAGCGACUAUACCGCGGCAAUGCUGGCGGCCUGGCUGGAUGCAACCGGCGUUACUAUCUGGAAGGAUGUGGCGGGCUUACUGAAUGCGGAUCCGAAGCUAUUUCCCAAUACCGUGAAGAUUGAAGCCAUCACCUAUCAUGAGGUUAUAGAAAUGGCCUACUAUGGUGCCCAGGUACACCGGGGAUAG